AUGGUCAACCUGAUGAAGCGGCUCCGCAAGUUGCAAACUCUCCUUGACACAAGACUCGGUACCGGUGCUGCAAUCUUCCCUACCAUUGCCUCCGCAUCAAAAGAAUUCCCAGCCGUUACCCGACUUCACCUCACAUAUGCGCAAAGCAUCCAAGGCGGCCACCAGGGCGCACGGCAGUUCUGGCGCAAGUGCCUCCCACGACUGAAGUAUCACAACCCGGGUGUGCCGAUGACAGUACGACAGACGACCGAUCAACAAGGACCCGCCGCGUUGUCAAUCUACUUUGCCCAGCAGGCCAGUGAGGCCGCUAAAGUCGUCGCAAACAAAAAGAGAAUCGAAGACUCUCAUGCACCCGCUGCCGAGACCAGCGAGGAAGCCAUUGUUCUGGACAUCAAAGAUAUUCCAUACAAACAAAUCUGGGAACGCGUGAGGGCGAUUACCAAUGCGCAGCAAGUUUCUGGCUCCGCGGAGGAUCAGGAGCAGUUGAAGCGGUGGAAGGCUAUCCAAGACAAGUCUGGCCAGGAUAGGGACCGUGUGAACGCUCUUCGCCAGGCGAAGAAGGACCAGGAGCGCAUGCUUGCCGUGGCUCGUGGUGAGGUGGACAAGGCUAAGCAAGUGUAA